AUGGGCGCCCAGCGGCCGCACACACAGUUCUGCGACGAGGAGAUGGCGUUCUCGCCCCAGCCGCUGCCCCUGGGCGCCAGCCGCCCGAACGCCAAGAGCCCGAGCGCGGCAUCGGACGGGCUCGACAGUUGGGCGAUGGACCGGGUGAUGCUCGAGGCCACCAGCGGCUGGGUGCAGGAGAUGUCUGGUGGGCUGCCCCUGGACUCGCCAGGGACAAGGAGCCGGUGGUCGCCACGGUCGGGCCGGUCGAGGACGGCACCGUCGGGCGUCUCUCCGUUCCCAAGGCUCAUACACGGCACGUCCAGAAGCGACGUGUCGCCGUGGUCCACGCAGCGGGGCGUCAGCCGGUGCACAACCGACCACCGUGCGACGGCCGCGGCGAUCAUGAGCCUCUACCGCCCGGCAGCACUCGUGAGCCGCGGGCCACGCUUCCAGGUCUCGUUCCGGCAGGCGAUGACUUGCUUGCCGAUCAUGAUGGUGCUGGUUGUCUGGGGGUGUAUGUUCUACAUGAUGGAGUCGAACCUCUCGUGGAUACGAGGCCAGGCCAUAGAGACUUGCUUGGACGCCUGCCACGACCAGGAGUCAGCCAUCGAGGUCAUUGUAUACAACAACGUCACCGUGGCCGCUUUUCACAGGCUCUUGCAGUCCGUUAGCAAGGGCGUGACGCAGGACAUAAAGUGGCCCGCCGACCACGCCGUUGACGCUGUCUGGGGAUACAUGCGCACCGCUCACGCUCUCAACAGCUCCUGGGACGGCGCAAGCGCGGCGCAGCGGAGCGAGGUGCGCUACCGCGCCAUGGUGGAGAUCCCUGUCUGCAACUCGGACAUGGAAUACACGACCAGGGGCUGGGCUGCCAGCAAGCCCAUGCUUGCAUUUCGCAGUCAGCGGCUAUGGCAGCGCGCUUCCGCGUCCCUGAUCGACGGGGUCUACGUCAGCUUCGCAGAGGGUCAGUUUGCGGGGGUCGCCAUGCGAAAAAACCGCUCCAGGGCGUGCUGCCCCAGGGACGACCUCUCCUAUUUUGACGCAGGCGAGUCCAACGGCAGCAUCCUUGCUUGGUCUGGUGAUCCAGUCGAUGUCAAUGGAACUGAGGUUGCUUCGCCCGAGGGCGUGGGGCUGCCUCAGCAGGCGGCUGUCCAGGAGUGGCUCGCCACGGCAGGCAACGCGUCGUCGCCCACUGCGGCGCCAGCACAGGGGGGAUGGUCGGAGGUGUACUCUGGCGAAUCGGACAUGAGGAUAUCUUGGACGGUCCCACUGGCGUAUUGUGGCGACUACAGCUGCAUGAGCGGUGUCAUCGCAGCGGAGAUCGCCGUGCGGACGGUGGACUUCGAGGCUCUCCUCACACCAGGGGGCGGUGCGGUAGACUAUGGCGAGAACCAGGACCUGCUAAUCCAGGUGGCGAAGGACGGCCGAGGGAGCAUCUUUCUCGUGAACCACGUCAGCAUGCGAUUCCCAGAUCAGGAGGGUUUGCUUCUCAGCUCCUCGAGGCAGACAGAGCUUGGGAUCAUGGCAGAGAACUCUGACCAGGGGAUCAUAUCCACAGUGUCACAGGCAAUAUUGGACAGGUACGGGUCUUGGAACGCUUCGACGUUGCAGACUGAGCAGCCGAUCUUCAAGGUGAAUCUGACAGCGGCUGCUGAAGGCCGAUUCAUCGAGUGUGACGCUUUCGAGCAGUCCGAGCACUGCUUCCAGAUAGGCACCCAGUCGAUAGCAAUGGAUGGCGCUACCUGCUGGCUGGCGGUGGUCGCGCUACCCGCCUCGCUAUUCAACGCGGCCGUGGUGGCGCGCAGCGAGGAGCAACUUAACGAGAUCACGAUGCUAAAUGAGGAGUCGAAGGUCGCAGUAAACGAGGCCAGGGUCGCCAUGGUCUUCGCAUUCGCGGGCGUCGCCGCCGUCAGCAUCGUGGUCGGCCUCGGGCUCGGCUGCUCCAUCUCCGAGCCCCUUCGGAACCUUACCGCCCUGAUGCAGCUGCUGGGCAACCUCAAGUGCAUGAGGGAGACGGACGCCUUCAGGCCACUGCGUUCUGGUAGGCGUUCCCGGAUCAAGGACAUCAGCCGCUUGGAGGAGACGUUCUGCACUUCUUUGAGAGCCAUCGAGGACUUCGCACGCUUCGUUCCGGAGUCGGUCGUGCAGAGGAUUGUGGAUGAUAAGCCCCGUGCCACUCGUUUGCACGUUGACAAGAAAGAGGUAACGAUCAUGUUCUGCACAAUCAAGGACUUCGACGAGACAUUCUUUUCCUCGCCAGAAUUUGCCACAAAGUGCUACGCGGCGAUGACGCACGCCGCGGAGAGGUUUAGAGGAACGGUGUCUGAGAUUUUGUCCAGCGGCAUUCUGGUCUACUGGAACACGCCCGACCACGUGAACAACCACAAGGCGUGGGCGUGUGCUGCAGCCCUGUCGAUCAAACAAGCGAUCGAGAAACUCAACGAGCAAGUGAACGGGCCAGGCCGCAUACCGCUGAGAGUGCAAAUCGGCCUUCACUCAGGGACCGUCCUGGCGGGCAACAUCGGCAGCGACAAGUUCAUGAAGUUUGGUUGCCUCGGCGACGCCGUCAACUUGGCGAGUCGCGUGGCCGGGCUGUGCAACAUCUUCGGCGUUCCCAUCGUGGCAUCGAGCGCAACUGUGGACGAGCUCAUCGAGUCCCACGUCUUCUUCACCCGCAAGCUGGCGCGCGUGACCGUCGUCGGCAGGAGGGAGCCCACGGAGGUCUACGAGCUGCUCGGGCGCGAGCGGAGCGAGCACACCGAGGGCGCAGCCGCGACGCCACCCGUCUUCCAAGACGAGGCGGUCGCUCCCACGCCGAAGAGCAGGCCAGAGGUGUCCACGCCGUGGCGGGCCACGACUGCGACCUCCGGGAACAUGGGCGGCGGCGGGCCCCACAAGCUGGCCAAGGGCUGCGUCCCCUGGUGCGCCGCCAGUGUGCGCUGCGCCGCUUCCCCGACCGCCAUGAUGGAGGCGGCAGGCGCGGCUGUGCCGGGGAUCAUGGACUGCGUCAGCCCAGGGCACUCCUCCAACUGCGGGGGGCGCCAGGUCAGGGAGGCCUCCCCGCACGGCCACGAGCGGCGCAGCGAGUGGGAGGACGUCGUGUCCCCCGCGACGCGGCAGGGCACCAGGGAGUACGAGCAGGCGCUGGAGGCGUACGUGAACCACGACUUCGAGCACGCCCUGGCCCUGGCGGCGAAGCUCGCCAGGGAGGGCGACGUCCCCGCGCAGCGCCUGAUCGAGCGAAUCGGAGAGGUGGAGCAGGAGGAGAGGGACCUGCCGGAGGAGGAGAGGUCGCCCUGGACGGGCGACUGGCGCGUGACCAAGAAGAAGUGA